UUGCGCUUGUCAAAUCUUUCUCAUUUGUCAUUAUUCGCCGCUUUACAAAACGUUGAAUGCAAUUUAUUAAAAGUGACUUUAUUACAGCAUUUAUGAAUAUUGUUAUACUUUAAGAAUUUGAAGUUACUUUAGAAAAACCUUUAUUUACCUGAUACCACUAUGAGUUCAAUCGGAACAGGUUAUGAUCUUUCUGCAUCUCAAUUUUCUCCCGACGGCCGUGUUUUUCAAGUCGAAUACGCUGCAAAGGCUGUAGAGAACUCUGGCACCGUCAUCGGUUUAAGAGGGAAGGAUGGUGUGGUAUUUGCCGUGGAAAAGCUUGUAACAUCAAAACUGUAUGAACCUGGUGCUAAUAAGAGAAUUUUUCAUGCUGAUGAACAUGUUGGCAUGGCAGUAGCUGGCCUCAUCUCAGAUGCGAGACAGAUUGUAGAAACAGCAAGAUCGGAAGCGUCCAACUACAGAUCUCAGUACGGAAUCCAAGUCCCCCUCAAAUACCUCAAUGAGCGUGUUUCCAUGUACAUGCAUGCGUACACACUCUACAGUGCCGUCCGUCCGUACGGCUGCUCUGUCAUCAUGGGCACCUGGUCGGAGUAUGAAGGACCUCAGAUGUAUAUGCUUGAACCCAGUGGUGUUUCAUUUUCAUACUUUGGGUGUGCUGUUGGGAAGGCGAAACAAGCUGCGAAAACAGAAAUUGAAAAGUUGAAGCUUGCAGAUAUGACAGUGAAGGAAUUAGUGAAAGAAGCUGCUAGAAUUAUUUAUGUAGUGCACGACGAGCUGAAAGACAAACAAUUCGAACUGGAAAUGUCGUGGGUAUCGAAGGACACGAACGGGAGACACCAGCUCGUGCCGCGCGAGGUCGCCGCGGAGGCCGAGAACCUCGCCAAGCAGGCCCUAGCGGACAUCGAGGACUCCGACGACGGUGAAAUGUAAACAAAUAAUAAUUAGAUAAUAAAUUUUAUUACAAAU